AUGACACGCUGCACGGCGGACAACUCGCUGACGAAUCCGGCGUAUCGGCGACGAACGAUGGCGACUGGCGAGAUGAAGGAGUUUCUGGGGAUAAAAGGCACAGAGCCCACCGAUUUUGGAAUCAAUAGUGAUGCUCAGGACUUGCCAUCACCGAGUAGGCAGGCUUCGACGCGAAGAAUGUCCAUCGGAGAGUCAAUUGAUGGAAAAAUCAAUGAUUGGGAAGAGCCAAGGCUUGAUAUCGAGGGAUUUGUGGUCGACUAUUUCACGCACCGAAUCCGGCAAAACGGAAUGGAAUGGUUUGGAGCACCGGGAUUGCCGUGUGGAGUGCAACCGGAGCACGAAAUGAUGCGAGUUAUGGGAACGAUAUUCGAGAAGAAGCACGCGGAAAAUUUUGAGACCUUCUGUGAGCAGCUGCUCGCAGUGCCCAGAAUCUCAUUUUCACUGUAUCAGGAUGUGGUUCGGACGGUUGGAAAUGCACAGACAGAUCAAUGUCCAAUGUCUUAUGGACGUUUGAUAGGUCUAAUCUCGUUCGGCGGUUUCGUAGCUGCAAAAAUGAUGGAAUCCGUGGAACUGCAGGGACAAGUGCGAAACCUCUUCGUUUACACAUCGCUGUUCAUCAAAACGCGGAUCCGCAACAACUGGAAGGAACACAAUCGGAGCUGGGACGACUUCAUGACACUCGGAAAACAAAUGAAAGAGGACUACGAACGAGCAGAAGCUGAAAAAGUGGGACGCCGGAAGCAGAACAGACGGUGGUCGAUGAUUGGCGCUGGAGUAACAGCUGGAGCCAUUGGAAUCGUUGGAGUCGUCGUGUGUGGGCGGAUGAUGUUCAGCUUGAAGUAACGUAUUCAAUUUGUGUAAAUAAUUAAUUUAUGUACAACUCCUUACAUUUGAAUCUCAUUUUUGCUCACUGAUUCUCUCAUCCUUUGAACUGGAAGAAGUGGGAAAGCUAGGCCACAAAUUACGGCUCUCUGUGUCGAUUUACGAUUUUACUGCAAUUUUUUCCGAUUGCCUUUUUUUUUGGCCAAACCCUACUUCCGCGUAAUAUCAACUUUUCCGUGUUCUGUACAUUUCGUCAAAAACCCUGAAACCCUAACUUUUCUCGCCGUGGCCUAGCCUCCCGCUUCUCUUCCACAUUUCCAAAGUACCCCUGUAUCUCAAUAAUUCAUCUUCACUUUAACUGUCUCUUUUCGUGUGGCCUCUUCCAACUCCCCCCAAAUUCCUGUACGCGUACGCGACUUUGUAUUUAUUUUUUUCAAAUUGUUUUCUCUCUACAACAACAAAA